GCAGCCGGCGCAGCGGGGAGCAGCGGGGAGGGCAAGAAGUUCAAACCCAUCCCCUGGGUGGAGAAAUAUCGCCCCAAAAAUGUGGAUGAAGUCGCCUUCCAGGAUGAAGUUGUUGCUGUGCUCAAAAAGUCCUUGGAAGGUGCUGAUCUUCCCAAUCUGUUGUUCUAUGGCCCACCUGGAACUGGAAAGACUUCCACUAUUUUAGCAGCUGCUAGAGAACUCUAUGGGCCUGAAUUAUUCCGGCAAAGAGUCCUUGAGUUAAAUGCUUCUGAUGAGCGUGGAAUACAAGUGAUUCGGGAAAAAGUGAAGUCUUUUGCUCAGCUGACUGCAUCUGGAAGCCGUUCAGAUGGUAAAGUUUGUCCUCCGUUUAAAAUUGUAAUCCUGGAUGAAGCAGACUCAAUGACAUCAGCAGCCCAGGCAGCCUUAAGACGCACAAUGGAAAAAGAAUCUAAAACAACACGUUUCUGCCUUAUUUGUAACUACAUCAGCAGAAUAAUUGAACCUUUAACAUCUCGAUGCUCCAAAUUCCGCUUCAAGCCUUUGUCAGACAAAAUCCAACAGCAGAGACUAUUGGAGGUUUCUGAGAAGGAACAUGUGAAAAUCAGUAGUGAGGCAGUAUCUUACCUUGUUAAAGUGUCAGAAGGGGACUUAAGAAAAGCAAUUACUUUUCUUCAAAGUGCCACUCGCCUAAUGGGUGGGAAAGAGAUCACAGAGAAGAUAGUCACUGAAAUUGCUGGGGUCAUCCCUAAAGAAACAACAGAUGAACUGCUGUCUGUCUGCCAGAGUGGUUCAUUUGAGAAACUGGAAACGCUGGCAAAGAAUCUCAUAAAUGAAGGGUAUGCUGUUGCUCAGCUUGUAAACCAGCUGCAUGAUACCGUUGUUGAGAGCGAAGAUUACAGCGACAAGCAGAAAUCUGUCAUAGUUGAGAAACUUGCGGAAGUAGACAAAUGCUUGGCUGAUGGUGCUGAUGAAUUCCUGCAGCUGAUGAGUCUCUGUGCCCUUGUGAUGCAGCAGCUAACCCAGAACGUUUAACUGCUGGCAGCAGAGCAGCUUUUGUGGGUCGUGGGGUUCUCAGAGCAGGGAGCUGCAGGCUUUUGUACUGGUUUUUUUUGCAAUAAAAGGACUGCUCAGCAGUUGGAAAA